AGUGAACACGUGACUUCAAAAUCAAAGAUUUACUUGCCUUAACAAUGUAGAUAAAUCAUAUAUUUGUCUUUGUAUUUCUUUAAAUCCCCACAAUAACAAACAUUGUUUGGCAGAACCAAGAGCGUUCAACUUAAAUAGGUAAUACUUAAAUACAAUAUAAAAUGGAUUAAGUUUAAUAAUCUAAAGCCAUUUUUAGAUGUACAGGAGUAUAGUGAUUGAUAAGCUGAAAACACACAAAGUAUGUUGAAGCUAAAAGUUUUGUUCGCAGUUUCAACAAUAAUGACUAUAUUGCUUGUAUUUGGUUUCACCAUUAAUUCAAAACACUAUCAGGAUAUAACAGAGAGUGAUAUCAUGCCUAAGUUGCCAAACAAGGAUAAGUCAAGCCAUGUAAUGAACAAGGGUGGGGUUGAUCAGGAACAAACGAUAACUUCCUUAAAGGAAAAAGCUACGCCAUUACUAGCAUCACACGGUUCACGGAAACGUCGCAAGCAGUUGUUAUUCAGUCAUUUUCCAAAAGCAGGUGGAUCGGAAAUAAAGACCAUAUUAAGUAGAGUAGUUGGAGGGCAAAUAGAGAUCCAUGGAGGUAGAGAAUACCUUAGCAGAUACAGAGCCAAUAAAACUAAAUACUUUCUUCAAAAUGAAGGACAAACACUGACACCAGAUCUGAAAUAUUUUUUUUUCGUCAUAGCGCAUGUACGUUCCCCGUGUAAUUAUCUACUUUCAUCAUGGACAUAUGGCUCAGGUGGGAAAGGUGAUGUUUACAACAUGACAAAGGAUAAGAGUGUUUAUGGGAAGACACCUCCAUACAACAAUACGGAUGACCUAGACAGACUCACUCUGUGGUUACAAGACAAUAAAAAGAUAUAUUCAAAAAGACUUAUUUACAAGUAUUUCAAAACAACCAAUUGGGAAACAGACCUAACUUUGAAAAGUGCCGAUUGUUGGGUGCACACAGAAAUGUUGAUUUAUGACCCGAUGAAUUGCUUGAAACGAUAUGAAAAACAAGGGGGAUAUGUAAAAUGGGAAAACUUUCGGAAGAUAAAGACGAGGAGAGCGAAUCCUAGCAAUCAUUCACAGUGUAAGGACUACUUCGAUGAGAAAAGAAAGGCACUGGUGAUGAAUUCCAAUAAAGAUAUGGCAGAGAUUUUUGGAUAUGAGACCUGUUGUACAGAAAAUAAUGCAACGUUACCUGCUGGUUUUGAAGAGCUCUGGACCAAUCAUAAUUAGGCUAGAUUCAGAAGAUUAGCAUAUAUGUAAAACCAGUGUAUAGUGAGCACCUAUGGAACCACAAAAAGGUCUUUACUACAGAGUUAUUUUUUAGAGAGCUUAGUAUAGUAUCUGCUGAGAAGAUGUAUUCACUAGACACAGGCGCUCACUAGAGAGGUGUUCAGCAAGGCAGGUUGUACUGUAUAGUGGAAGGGAGGUUUGAACUUUUUAUAAGACACGUUUUAAAUUUUCCUCGGUCAUAUUCGGGCAACUUGCGUGACUUCGCCUCCAAACCCAAAUAGACAUUUCAAUUUUGAGUGGUAUUGAAUGCAAAUUUUCAAGUCUUGGAAGAUAUGGAGCAUCUGUAUGAUAAUUUCCAAAAUGUCAACACCUCAAUGAUUCAACUUGAGAAAAUGCAAUAUUUGCUAACAUUGUGCCUCAUGUAACAAAAUCUGAAGUAUGUCUUUAACAUGGUCAAUCGAUACAAUUGCUGCGCCAAUAUAACGACUGAUUCAAUUGGGAUAAAUUGAUUAAGUAUUAUUGGUUUGGAGAAUAGGUUCAGCCACUUGGAGUUAAUGUAGUCACCUUUCAACACUUGAACAAUAGCAGAGUUACUCUUAUGGUGCUAAUAUAAGCAUAUUGUUUUGAUCAUUCUGUGUCAUUGGAGGCGUUCUUGCAGAGAUAGAAUAAGCUAUGGAAGUAAUUAAACACUUUGAGCCUAGCCAAAAUGUUAUUUAUUGUACAUGUAAUAACUUUUAUUUUGUGAAAUAAAAUGAACUAUAAAAACAAAGCAAAUUCAAUAGAGUUGUUCUUAUUCUUAUGAUGCUAGACUUAUUGUCUUGAUAAUAUUGUUAUUUUGGUAAUUGGAUGCUUUCUCUCUUGUUCUUGUAUGGAGGAAGUAGUGGCUGUAGAACCAUCAUCAAAUUAUGCCUCAUCUUAAUCCAUCAAUGUAUUUCAUAUGAAUGGUUACACUUUUAUAAUGCAACCAUUUAAGGACAUUUCAAUGAUAUUGUUUCAUUGUUCGUCAUCACAAAUGUUGUCCCUCUU